AUGAAAAAAGUCUUUAAAUCAAAGGCUUAUAAAGAUAAGCUAAAAGGACAUUAAGAUGGAGUAAUAAAAAUGUAUGCUCCAUACGGUCCUGAAUCAGGCUUACUUUUAUCUGUUUCAAAAGAUGGCUGCAUUCGAGCUUGGGAUUUAAUAGAAAGAAAAAUAACAACAAAAUUACAUGUAAAUAGGGAAGGAAAUGAUCCAUCUGUAAUAAGUUAGAAUUAAAAUGAAAAUGAAGGUUAAUAAUCAAAUGAUGAGUCAAAUGAUUAAGCAAUAAAGGAAGAUUAAUAGAAGAAAAUUAAAGAAAAUAAAAAUAUCGAUUAAUUCAGUGCUGCAUGCUUUAGUGAAAAUUCUAUAUAUGGAGGCUUCGAAGACGGUCUUAUUUGCUCUUGGAAUAUAAAAUCAGGAGAACUUACAUCUUUAUAUAAAGGUCAUUCUAAAUAAAUUACUUAAUUAGAAUUUUUGAAUUCCAGAUUGUUAGUUAGUUCAUCUUUAGAUGAAUCAAUCAGAGUAUGGGAUACAAUGAGUGGAUAAAAUGAAACAAUAUUUGUAUUAGGAGGUGCUGUAAGUUAAUUAAAGAUAUAGUCAAAAUAUAUAGAAGCAAUUAUAAAUAAAGAUACAUUUAUUCAAAUAAAUUCAGAUAAUUAAUAAAUAUAAUAUAAUAUAAAAUUCACAUCUACAAUAAUUACAUGCUUUGUAACUUAUAAAACGUAAUUGAUUAUAUCUAAUAUAAAUAAUAUUAUUGAAAUAUAUGAUUUGUAAUAAUCUGAAUCAAAUAAUCUUUAACCUUUAUUUAUUGUAGAAAAUAACAUUGAUUGGAUUUAAUGCAUGAAAGUUUUUAAUAAUCUAUUAUAUACUGCUGGAGAUGAUAAUAAAAUAAAAGUUUGGGAUUUGGAAAAAAAAUUCGCUUUAGUUGAGGAUUUUGUUGGGCAUGAAGAUUGUGUUGUCUGCUUAGAGUUUGCUGAUAAUAUGCUUUAUAGUGGAUCAUUUGAUCACUCAAUUAGAUCUUGGAAUUUGAAAGAAAUGGAAAAUAGGAUUAGGGAACGGUCAAUUAUUUUUAAAGAAGACAUUUGGAGUAGAAAGUAUGAAGCUUGGUAUAAAAUUAUGUAUAAAAAAAAAAAAAAAGGUAAAAAGGGUAAAAAGAAAUGA